UCAAAUGCACUGCCGCGUCUCAAGUUGCAUGCAUCAACACCUGUAUUAUAUGAAACUACGAGGCGAGUUUGGGAGCACUCCCGCCCGGAGCUGCACCAAAUGGCAGGUGCAAGGUCAUUAGAGCAGGCACAACCACAAAACCGUAAGAACCUAUCAGUCCUUAAUAUAGCCAACUUAUCACUACCUUAAUUUAGCCAAAGCCGAGCAACAUAUACAGAAAUCUCUGACCCUCCAAAAAAAGGCCGACACGGGCAAAAGACAAGAAAGGGAGCGCCCGAUCGAUAUGGCUUCCGGAGCGUCCUUUGCCGGCGUCCUCUCCGUCUUCCUCGUCGCGGCGGCGUCCGCGGGCGCCACGCCGGUGCCCACGGCCGCGCCGUCGAGCAAGUACUCCGUCGAGGAGGCGUGCAGCAGGCAGGCCGCGGGGCUCCGCGACCUGUGCAUGGCGACGCUGUCCGCGGACCCAUCGUCCAAGGCCGCCAGCACGAGCACGGCGGCGCUGGCCCGGGUGGCCAUCCAGGCGGCGCAGCGGAACGCGUCGGAGACGGCGACCUACCUCUCGAGCAUCUACGACGACGACAGCCUGGAGAACAAGACGGCGCAGCUGCAGCAGUGCCUCGAGGACUGCGGCGAGAGGUACGAGUCGGCGGUGGAACAGCUGGAGGACGCGGCGUCGGCAGUGGGCUCCGGGGCGUACAGCGAGUCGGAGGCGCUGGUGGCGGCGGGCCAGGCGGAGGUGAAGCUCUGCCAGAGGGGGUGCCAGGCCGUGCCGGAGCACCGCAACAUCCUCACGGCGCGCAACCGCGAGGUCGACCAGCUCUGCAGCAUCGCGCUCGCCAUCACCAAGCUCAUCCGCGGACCGCCGUCGUGAUAGAGAUAGAGGGCGUGAUCAACGUUGAUCGAUCGAUUUUAUUACGCAGCUCAGCUCUCGAACGUUCACUGUAAUCAAUUGGGUAGUCGGUGAAAUGAUGACACAUUAGAUUACCUGGAAGGCUGGAACUUUUGGAUUGAAUAUUCUGUCAGGAGAAUUCCUGAAUGGUACCAUAUAUAGCGGAAUGCAUACGUAGACGCAUAAAAAGCGUGCCGCAUGUAUGCCGUGGAUCAUGCUUGUACUACUAAAAAAAAUG